GUGCAACAAACAAAUCACACCGCUGUAGAUUGAAUAAAGGAACAAAUGCUAGCACAUAUGUAGCUCAUUUCACCUCCUCAACAUCAAGAACCAACGCUCGUCAAACCAUCUCGUAUCGGCAUCCUCCCACAAUCAACAAUCAUGAGCGGACCGGCCUACGUUAUGCCAGUCCAGGCCGUGCAGGCCGACGGUGCUCAGCAUUUCGAAUCAGUCGCUCCAGCAAUUCAACAGUCGCUGCCCGAAAAGCCACCACCUGAGAACCAUGACCAACAAGAAGACAUGGGGCCAUUGAGCAAAAUCAUUGCCAACCAAGACAGCCUUUAUAAGUACAUCAGCUGGGAGGACCCCGGUCGCACCCUCGGCUCGUACGCCCUCGCUAUGAGCAUCUUGUGCGCAGCACAUUACGUACCUCUUACACGAUUGGCCCUAAAGGCUGUAGCGACAAGCCUUGGAGUGAUUUCUCUCACGGAGUUCGCCGGUCGAUGUUUCGGCCCCAAUACCUUUCUCACUCGUCUCCGACCCGCGGAAUAUUACAAAGUCCAAGAGUCAACCCUCAACGCCACCCUCCAAGACAUCCAUGACUUUCUCCAAUACGCUGUAGUCAAAGCCCAGAAACUCAUCUUCGCUGAAAAUCUUGAUCAAACAUUUGCUGCCUUUAUCGGCCUUACUUCGCUGUAUUGGCUAAUCAAGAUCGUACCUCCCUUUGGGUUGGCUGUGCUGGGCCUAACCUCGGUCUAUAUGGCACCCCUUUUCACUUCGCCUCGGGCUCGUGAAGCAGCACAUAACACAACAGUGCGUGCUGGAGAGCUGGCGAGCGCGGCUGCUGAGAAGGGAAAUUCACUUGCCCAAGAUGGCAAGACCCAGGCCGUGGAUCUGGCUUCCAAGGCGCAACAAACAGGUAUCGACAUGAAGCGACGCAUUGACGGUUCGACUCAAAACGGAAGGCAAACCGAUGCCGACCUAUACACCCAUACUAGGAGCCCCGACGAGUCAACUCAACGUGCCAGGCAAACUGGCGCCGACCUGUCCUCCCAACCCAGAAGUCUCGACGGCAACAAAUUCGAAACUGGUCUCGCAGGGAACAUGUCCGAAUUCUCGAAUACUGGUGACACAGCUGAAAGCAUGAAGGAUAUGGACCCAGCCGGAAUUGUCGACACAACUCACUACCGCCAUCCUGCCUCGGAUCCUCUGCAGAAUCCCAUGAUUCUCACGUGAUGACAAGACGAGCUCCAUUUCCGCGUGGUUUCAAUCAUUAGGUGGUAGGAGACAUAGUGGCUAUGAAUGUUGCCAUGAAUACUAGUUUAGGGCGGAGUGACCAGUGCGUCAGGUGGAUGCUGCGGGUGUAUCAGUUCAACAAAAAGGUUACAAAAAUGAAACGAGAAGUAUUGAAUUAAUAAUAAAAGGUUACUCACUUAUUAUCAAAUGGCAGCAUGUAUGGAUCAUCUUUCAGUCAGGCAUGAACGGGCGAGAUGACAUAGCUUCAUUUGUAUUCUAGCUAGCACUGUAGCAUUUCCGUCUCGUUCAUCGCCGAAUUAUUUCGGGGUAAGACUUAUCAUGGCCAAACUUGAAGAUCAACGCCUCAUUAGAUGGAUCACAUCCAGGUUUAGACAAGUUGGAGAUAUGUAUUGCUAAAGCC